AUGCCUACGGCUAAUUUAUAUUCGAAGUUGCAAACGGAUGAAGACUACAAACUACUUGUUCUCAAUGGUGAGCUGUUAGCCGCACUUGAGGGGAACAGCAAGCUCAAAUUUAAAGCCCCAGGUCUCGAGGGCUCUGUCGUUCUUUGCUCUAAUGACAAGACGUGGCUUCUGAGGCAGAAGAACCACUCCAAUACUGCUCUCAUAAUGAGGGAAUUUGUAUCGAAUGAGCUAGGUGAGGAAAAGAUCAAACUUCCGGCGGGAAUUGAAGAGCCCUCUGUAAAUCAUCUCGCAUAUACCAAACAAGGUAGCGAGCUCGAAGCACGCUUGACCAUAGGUGAUAUCGACAUUAGCAUGCUACCGAUUUACUCCGGAGAUAAUGAAAGUUUCAAGAAAUCUUUACAGCAGUCAAAUGGAAUUCGAUGGACGGUCGAAGAACUCGAGAACAUUUCGCCCUGUUCAGAACAAGAAUUUGCAGUAAAGUGGCCUAUUUUAGGUGGCUGCAAUGUGGAAGGAAUAGCCUGCAUUUUGUCACAAGAGUUCAUCUCGAAGGUCCUUCAUAUCUUGUUAAUGAGCUGUAUGGCCGAAUCUCUGAACUUUGAGUCGCUUGAUGUGUCAAAGGUUUUCUCUGCCCUUAAUAAGGAUAUGGGUGAGGGCGAAGAAUUUAAUCCUUUCAGUUUAGACGUGGUACGCACAGUUAUAGGAAAGUUUUCGAGAGUAAACAAGCAGGGCAAAUAUGCUCUUCAAGUGAAAGCGGUAAGUCAAUGGUACGGGAUAGAAGCGCUCAAAAAGUUUGCCUCUUGCGCUUUGAUACCUCAAGAAGAGUUUAUGAUCAAAUGGAAAGCUCUCUUUCCGCCAUAUUUCAGAUGUGAUCUGGAUUUCGCGGCACUGAGAGGAUAUUUUUACCGUCCUUUAGGUACCAGCAUACAAUACUUCUCAAAAGACGCACUACCCGACGAUCCCAGGGGAAGGUUUGCAUAUCUUUUCAAACUACAGUCUACUUGGGAUUUGAAUGAGAUGAUACCUUAUAUCGAGCAGCUUAACACUACCGGCGUAAAAAUCGACAACUUUGUUAUGAAAUAUGCGAGACGAAAGAAACAAGGCAAGCUCACGCUGGUGAGCGCACGAUGA